AUGUCUUCACCUAGUGCCGGCAAGCGCCGUAUGGACACAGAUGUCAUAAAACUGAUAGAAAGCAAACAUGAGGUUACACUUUUAAACGGCUUGAAUGAGUUUUGUGUUAAACUCUAUGGACCACGUGGUACUCCAUACGAAGGUGGCUUAUGGAAAGUUCGAGUUCAUCUUCCCGAACAUUAUCCAUUUAAAUCUCCUUCAAUUGGCUUUAUUAAUAAAAUUUACCAUCCAAACAUUGAUGAAGUAUCUGGUACUGUUUGUCUCGAUGUAAUCAACCAAGCUUGGACUGCUUUAUAUGACCUGCUUAAUAUUUUUGAGUCGUUUCUGCCCCAGCUGCUUGCAUAUCCAAAUCCAAUAGAUCCAUUAAAUGGUGAUGCUGCAGCUUUGUAUUUGCAUAAACCUGAACAGUAUAAAAAGCGUGUUGAAGAAUAUGUAAAAAAAUAUGCUACAGAAGAAGCGCUCAAAGAUGAUGGAAAUGCUGGUUCAGAUAGCGAUGAAUCAUCUAUGUCGGAGUUUAGUGAAAGUGAAGCACAAGACAUGGAGCUAUAG